AUGGCAAAUUCUGAUUAUAUUCCUGAACAGGUAGAAUUACGAUUCAACACUAUUAAUCUGGACACGAGCCUGCGAGUGGACAAGGGCACUGAUACUCCUGCAUCUGAUAAUACUGAUGAUGCUUCAGCACAAAUGUGCAGGCUUACGCCAAAUUCUAAUAAAUCUAACAUCAAUAUUGAUCCUUAUUCUGAUGAAUACCAACCUAUCCACACAGGGCCGAAAUCAUUAGAUGAUACGAAGACCGAAAAAUUUGUGGUUAGAAAAGAUAAGGAAUUAGGAAAAGAAGCUUCAACAUACCAUUUCUUCUGA